CUUUAAACAUUUAGUAUCAAAGAGCAUGUGAAAUGGUCGACAAUAAAUGCAUUGUUGUUGUUACAACGCUGAUGCUGUGUGCACAUUUAUGUGUGGGUAACCUAUGCGACGGUAAAGAAUGUCUGCAGAAGGGAUUAUGCGAUGAAUAUUUGGGGCCAUCGGGAUAUAUGUGUAUAUGCAGAAAGGGGUACGGUUUUAAUGUCGUCGGAGAAUGCGUAGAUAUUGAUGAAUGUGCAGCCAAACACCAUGAUCCGUGUGGACACAGGGGUUUGUGCGAAAAUGCCAUAGGCGAUUACACAUGCAAAUGUUUAGAAGGCUGGACGAAUGAUUCCCAUUGUUCGAAAAAUAUAUCCGAUCAUGCUUUGUGCAUGCCUGGGUACAAAGGGAAUAGGUGUAGCGAUGCAACAUGCGGUGAACAUGGAUACUCCCAGCCAAAAGGCCUUAAUGAUUUCGAGUGCAUCUGUGAUGCUGGAUGGACAAGAAUCUAUGAUUCAAGGAACAGCCCAUGUGAUCAAGAUAUGGACGAGUGUCAGGACCCAAAUGCGUGUAACCAACAUAGCAAGUGCAUCAAUAGUCAAGGGUCGUACAAAUGCGAGUGUCUUGUUUCCUGGUCAGGAGAAGAUUGUUCUAUAUACAACUGCUCCACUGGCUUAUGCAGUAACGGUGGAACUUGCAACAAUGACAGUUGUACGUGUUUAUCUGUUUGGGCCGGAGAGGAUUGUUCUAUUUUCAACUGUUCCACUGGCGUAUGUAAGAAUGGUGGAACGUGCAACAGUGACAAGUGUACAUGUUUAUCUAAUUGGAUAGGAGAGGAUUGUUCUGUUUACAACUGUUCUACUGGCGCAUGUAAGAAUGGUGGAAUGUGCAACAAUGACAGGUGUACGUGUUUAUCUAAUUGGACAGGAGAGGAUUGUUCUAAAUACAACUGUACCACUGGCGUAUGUAAGAAUGGUGGAACGUGCAACGAUGACAGUUGUACGUGUUUAUCUAAUUGGACAGGAGAGGAUUGUUCAAUUUUCAACUGUUCCACUGGCGUAUGUAAGAAUGGUGGAACGUACAACAAUGACAGCUGUACGUGUUUAUCUUAUUGGACAGGAGAGGAUUGUUCUAUUUACAACUGUUCUACUGGCGUAUGUAAGAAUGGUGGAACUUGCAACAAUGACAGGUGUACAUGUUUAUCUAAUUGGACGGGAGAGGAUUGUUCUAUAUACAACUGUUCCACUGGCGUAUGUAAGAAUGAUGGAACGUGCAACAAUCACAGGUGUACGUGUUUAUCUAAUUGGACAGGAGAGGAUUGUUCUAUUUACAACUGUACCACUGGCGUAUGUAAGAAUGGUGGAACGUGCAACAAUGACAGGUGUACGUGUGUAUCUAAUUGGACAGGAGAGGAUUGUUAUAUUUACAACUGUACCACUGGCGUAUGUAAGAAUGGUGGAAUGUGCAACAAUGCCAGGUGUACGUGUUUAUCUAAUUGGACAGGAGAAGAUUGCUCUAUUUACAACUGUUCUACUGGCGUAUGUAAGAAUGGUGGAACUUGCAACAAUGACAGGUGUAAGUGUUUAUCUAAUUGGACAGGGGAAGAUUGUUCUAUUUACAACUGUUCUACUGGCGUGUGUAAGAAUGAUGGAACGUGCAACAAUGACAGGUGUACAUGUUUAUCUAAUUGGACAGGAGAGGAUUGUUCUAUUUACAACUGUUCCACUGGCGUAUGUAAGAAUGGUGGAACGUGCAACAUUGACAGCUGUACGUGUUUAUCUUAUUGGACAGGAGAGGAUUGUUCUCUUUACAACUGUUCUACUGGCGUGUGUAAGAAUGGUGGAAUGUGCAACAAUGACAGGUGUACGUGUUUAUCUCAUUGGACAGGAGAGGAUUGUUCUAUAUACAACUGUUCCACUGGCGUAUGUAAGAAUGGUGGAACGUGCAACAAUGACAGGUGUACGUGUUUAUCUAAUUGGACAGGAGAGGAUUGUUCUAUUUACAACUGUACCACUGGCGUUUGUAAGAAUGGUGGAAUGUGCAACAAUGCCAGGUGUACGUGUUUAUCUGAUUGGACAGGAGAGGAUUGUUCUAGAUACAACUGUUCCACUGGCGUAUGUAAGAAUGGUGGAACGUGCAACAAUGACAAGUGUACAUGUUUAUCUAAUUGGACAGGAGAGGAUUGUUCUAUCUACAACUGUACCACUGGCGUAUGUAAGAAUGGUGGAACGUGCAACAAUGACAGGUGUACGUGUUUAUCUAAUUGGACAGGAGAAGAUUGUUCUAUAUACAACUGUGUCACUGGUUCAUGCAAGAAUAGUGGUACUUCCAACAAUGACAAAAGUUCAUGUUUAUUAAAUUGGACUGGCGAACAUUGCUCUAUAUUCAACUGCAACACGAGCUUAUGCAGCAAUAGCGGAUCACGCGGCGAUGACAAGUCUACAUGUUUAUCUAAUUGGACAGGAGAAUAUUGUUAUAUAUUCAACUGUACCACUAAUUUAUCAAGGAAUUGUGAAUCAUGCAUCUAUGACAAAUGUAAAUGUGUAUCUAAUUUAACUUGGGAAGAUUGUUCUAAAUACAAUCGUACAACAGGCGUAUAUAAAAACGAUGGAACUUGCAACAAUGUCAAUUGUACAUUUUCAUCCAAUUGGACUUGUCAAGACUGUUCUAUAUACAACUGUACCACAGGCUUAUAUAGGAAUAGGGAAUCAUGUGUAAACGACACGUGUAUUUGUCUAUCAAAUGUGACUGGGAAAUAUUGUGCUUUGCAAAUCUGUAGCACAGGAGAAUCUGCCAAUUCUAGAAAAGAUAAUGCUGCUACAAGGAGCUAUUUGCUACACUACACAUUACUAGGACUCGCCCUUUUAUUUAUGGCCGUCAUUUGUCUAUUGACGAUUUGCAUAUACAGUAAGAUGCAAAAAGCCCGUUCCAGUUCGAGACAGAUAGACGAUGUAACAAGAACACGUCCAACUAAAACUUACAAUGCAUACGAUACCGACCGUAAGGGUUCAACUUGGAUUACUCGAGUUGCACCAGUUGUGUGAAGAAAAUAAAAAUAAAUUGCCUAUAUACACAUUUAUUAAUUGUUAAACGUGUCGCUGUGCAUUGCCUUUGCUAUUGUAUUAGUGUGAAGGUAGAAGUGACACUGCUUUGAGUAAACGCACAUUUGUCAAUGUGUCGUAAAAGAAUCAUAAAAUCAAAUCUAAUUAAAUGAAUUGAAAAAGGAAAUCUCUUGUAAUUGAAAUAAAUUGCGUUGCUUCAUAAUCGCCAAUUAUUGUGUUUUAAAGAAAUUCGUCUAAUUAUAUGCAUUGUCAAAGACACUCGGUGGGAAUUGCUUAAACAUUUUGUACGCUUGGCAAUCGAUGUGUUUUACUCAAAUCAUCAGAAGCUAUCGCAUGUUAAAAGAAUAAAUAGUUUAUGAUUCCAAAUAGUUAUUAUUUUACCGAUUUUAGUUCAUUAAUUGGUAUUCAACACACACAAAAACUACCAAAUUUACUUUUUAGCGUCAGGUAACAUUAUCCGAUAAAAAUGAAUGUUUGUUAAAAUAAAGUGUUCGAAUACAUACAAUUAACAUUAUCCAUUCAAAUGCAUGGUAAAUUUAUGUAUUAGAUGUAUAGAAAUCAGUAAGUCAACUAUCAAAUUCAACCAUGGCGAUACAUUUUUGUGUUACCAUAUUUAAAAACUUGCCGAAUUAAUAUAAUCUGCUAAACCUGAUUUAUCCCAAAUCAUAAAGCUUAUAUGGAAUUACUAUUAUCUUUGCACUUAUCCAAGGGUGUCACACAUCAAACACUUGAAUUUUACGUUAAGUUUUCGUUUUGCACGAUGAAUAUCAAUAAUUAUAACAUCGCACAAGACGAGCGUGUUUGCAAAACAGGUAAAUAUGCCCCUAUUGCUUUAAAAGGUCAGAUAGCAGUUAGAAUCAACUCUAAUUUGUACCGUGGUAUACAACGUCACUCCUAUUUCGAAUGUAUUACAUGAUUUUUUUUUUAUUUAAAAAAAGAUCAUUUAUAAAAUGAGAUAAAUAUAUACUAUGUAAUAUGUCUUUUUUCUUUUUCAAAAAUCAAUGAAAGCCUGAGAUAAAAAAGUAUGUGAUUCACAGUGGAACUUUUUUUUCUAUAAAAUAAAAAUAAAAAUGAUAGUCUACCAAUAUUCGAGCCGGAGUAUAUUUCUUGGAAAGAAAUAAUGCAAACCUUUUAACUACAAAUGCUGAUUAGACGUUGUAUUGGUAGGACUUCAAAUCGACUGUAUUGGGCAAUGUCCGGCCUGUUCAAAGCGUCAGGAUAAUAGGACCAAUACUUUCAAAACAAUGCGACCUACUUGCUUGAACAUUUGUACCAAAAUGAUUAGAUUCAUUCUUAAAUUUAAAUUGUCUUAAAACUCAUGUGUUCUGUCGACAUUGUACUUUCACAUCUAUACUUGCGCUAUAGAUUCGUCAUAGUUCAUCAUAAUUCGUCGGCGGUGUCAAGGUUAGCCUGAUUGCCUAACGGGUUAGAUUCCCGGCUUUUGUUGGAAGUUGUAAUAUCGUUUAUUGUGCUUAACAAGACUGAGUGAAACAUCAAGUAUACCAAAAUAUACCUGACAUGUUUGCCUGGGAAUUAUUGCUAUUAAAGAGCAAGUUGUUAAUUAUUUAUUCUUUCCGUACGUUUAUUGAAUAUAUAUGGGAAAAAUACAUUAAAAAAACACAGUAUAUUAACAGGUUGGUCAACGUGAACAUAUAGAGUAUAACAGGUUACUGCCUUAUCUUUUUGUAAUUUAUCAGGCAAGGCUUAGAAUAAUAUAACGGCGUGGCUUGCCGAGCCCGUAUUUUAUUCGUGCCGAGCCUGAUUUAUUACAAAAUGAUCAGGCAUUUACAUGUUUUUUCUGUUUAUCAUACCACUACGACCCCCAGUUUAAAGCAAUACUUAAAAAAAAUCACUAAAAAUCUACCGAUUUAGCGGGAAAGAAUAUUAAUUUUGUCGUUUGACGUGUUAAUAAUGACGCCAUAAGCACGCGCGCUCAAUAUUUGUAAAAAGAAAUGUUUUUUGUUGUUUAUGUUGCAUUGUGUGUGUAAAAUAUUUUAUAUCUUGGUACUAAAUUGUUUGUUUUGAUAAAUCUGAUUCGAUUUUACUAAAACUUAUUACUUAAUAGUUGAUUCCGAAUAAAAUGAUCAUCCUCCACACAUGACUGAUAUAAGAACUUCCUGUUGACCAUAAUAUAAAAAAUAUAUCAAGCAAAGUUAUAUUAGGCAGAUAUCAAUGCGGUAGUAUGAUAAAAUUGUUUACAUGGAUGUCGUCAAAUUUCAUUUCAACGCGGCUCCUGAGGGAAAUUUUAAAAAGUCUAAGCACGUUCUAAAUUGUUCAUAUUUCAAUUAAAUUUAUAUAAAAUGGCAGUUCGCAGUUUUUAUAACAGCUCUCUGGAUCAUUGUAUUUUACCGAGUAUUUGAACAUAUGAACUGUAUACCUUAUAGCGAAUUGUAAAUGUUAUUGUUAAACAAACAAAUUAUGUAUUGUUAAUACAAUGUCUUCUUUAUAACGUUUUUUAAAAUGUCUCAUUGCAUGAUUAUGUUUAGACUAUGUGUAUACAAUAUCCAUAAAUAGUUGUUAAAGCAUAUGUUACUGUAAUAUUC